AUGAAUUUCGAUUAAAUUGAAAGCGAAAAAUUAUACAAUAAUAGAUUCUUUAUAAAGAAGAAGAUCAGUGCAGGUAUAUUUUGCAAUUAAUUUAUGCCUUAAGGUUCAUUUGGAGUUGUGUUUCUAUGCGAAGAUUUAUAAACGAAAGAAUAUGUUGCAAUGAAAGUCGAAAAGGACGAUACCAACGUUAUAGGAUUAGACAGGGAAAUCCAAAUGUUAGAUGAAUUGAGGAAGAUUCCAGGUUCGAAAUUUACUUAAAUAGGGAUUCCAAAAAUCAUUUGGGCAGGAAAUGAUCAUGAUCGCAAUUGUCUAGUCAUGCAAUUAUUAGGAAGAGAUCUAUCCUAUCACAUGAAGGAAUUAAGAACAUUUUCUUUAAAAUGUGUAGUCAACAUUAUUCUCCAAGUGAUCUAAAUUAUUGAAGGAGUUCAUAGAAGAGGAAUUAUUCAUAGAGACAUGAAACCAGAAAAUAUAAUGACUGGAAAAGAUUAAGAAUUAAAUUAAAUAUUUCUCGCCGACUUUGGAAUAGCUAAGUUCUAUCGAGAACCAGAUGGUACUCAUACACCCUUCAAGGAAAGCAAGCCAUUUGUAGGAACAACGAGAUAUGCUAGUAUCAAUGCUCAUAAAGGGUACGAAUUGGGUAGAAGAGACGAUCUAGAAUCAAUAGGCUAUAUGUUUAUUUACAUGUUAAAAGGAAAACUACCUUGGCAGACCUUUCACAACGUCAAUGAGAAAGAGAAGGUGAAAAUAGUUGGUCAAAUGAAAUCUCAAAUAUCUAUUGAGGAAUUGUGUAAAGACUGUCCUCCAUAAUUUUAUCAAUAUUUUCAAUAUGUUAAGUAACUUCAAUAUAAAUCGUCGCCAGAUUACCGUUAUCUGUACUCCCUUUUCGAAUAAAUAGCCAUUCAAAAUGGAUUUAAACAUGAUAAAAGAUUUGAUUGGACUGAAUUUAGUUAAGGGACUACUAAAGUCACUGCUGAAUAAACUUAAUAGGAAACUAGAUAAUAGAUUUAGCGAAGAAGCAAAGUCGAGGAUAAAUCACCGAAAAAUUCUGAGUUAAACUUAAAUAGGACAGAAUUAAAUUCACAAUAGAAAGAUACUUCCAAGAGUAGAAUUAGAAGUCGUCAUUAAUCUGAAUAACGCGUAAACAAAAGUGGUAAUAGUGCUAAUAGCUAUUCUUCGUCUUGUAUCAAUUCUCAACAAUCAUCUGUUCUAAUUAAUUAUUAAAAUUCAUAAUUUACCCAAAGCAAUGUAAGAAUAGGCUCUUCAAAAUUAUUAAGUAGAUUAUAAGAGAGAGGAAUAAUCCAUAAAAACUCUGAUUCUAGAAGUUCUAUUAUCUAAUAAUAGUCAUCGAAAUCUUUUAGAGAAAGGAAUCAAUCAUCAUAAUAGAUUUAAUAGGUACUCUCCUAAUAAUAAUAAUCAUAGCAUAAUAAUAGUUAAAUGAUGUCAAAAUUUCAAGAGGACUUUUAAGAUCUGGAAGAAUUGGAAGAGAGACUAUAAAAGGAUAAAUAAUCUAUCUAGCGUAAUUAGUAGCAUAAGAACAAUAAACCAUUAAAGGUUAAGGAGAUUUAACAUCAUUUUGAAUAAAAUGAGAACUUCACUGAGAUUGGUGGAAUGACACAAUUAGAAGAUGAUGCUUCUUUAGAAAAUAAGGUUAAAAUUUAUAAUUUUGAUGCUCCGAAACUGAAAUAGAGAUUAGCUAAGUACUGA